AUGGGCUGCACAAGCGGAGCAGCACUAACAAAACUCGACAACCCCGCAGGGGAGCAAUUGCAACCUCGACUUCUCCAUUUCCGGACCCUAGACUGGGGUAUGGACGAGCUCCGACAGUUGCUCGUCUGCUUUGAAUACGUCCGUGGACCUGAUUACGAUACCGUCCUGGCGACUAAUAUCACCUACAUCGGCUUUGUGGGCGUCUUGACCGGUGUCAGGAGAGGACUUAGUGUUUCACUGAAUUUUAGGCCGAACCAUGACACGAGCAGUUGGCUGCGUAACUAUCGCUAUUAUGGAAGUCAUUUACUUGUGCUUUUCGGGAUGCGACGGUCUAUAUCGUCUAUGCUGAGGAGACAUAUCCUUCCUCCGGAUGGGUUGUCUCCCCUGCCAGCUCUCGACAAGGUCUGGCCGACGGUAAUCGGAACACCGUCUACCGCUGCAUAUCUGAUCUUUUGCGAUGGGGUCGAUGCAGUGGUCCUGGAAAAGGACCACCGGACAGCUCACGUAGAACGACAAUCCUCUUUCAUCGUUGCAACAAACAGUGACCAUGACACUCCCUCGGCGACGGAAAACGGACACCAAGGCGACCAUGCCGGUGCAGCCCUAGGGACAGGGGUAGCUGUCUCGGUCGGGGACCUCAUCGAAGACAGCGAAGAGCGGAGGAAGUUCAUGCAAGCGCACUGGGACAAGAAAGUCAGGCAGGCGAGGAAAGUCGCUUCAAGCCUAGAAUGCACAUACUCAACUGCCCGCCAAGAUCCUAUGAGACGCACUCGCGCGUCUCAGAGACGGGGAGGCGAAUCGUCACUUGAAAUUAUUCCGAAUGGGUCCUCUUUACCUAUUCCUAGCUCGGGUACGUUGGUGGACUCCCAAGUCACAGCUACGCUUAAGGAAGUUAUUAAAUGGACGACAACAUACCCGACUACUAAUGAGAUGACCCAUUUCGCGGCGGUGAUGGAUCCCACCGAGGGAAAGGUUGUCUGGAUUAGGCGGUACUUGGAACCAUUAGCAUUCGAUACACACUAUUAA